AUCAGCAUUUUCCUGCAGGUGCAAGCAUCGUCUUUGUGAGCACAUGAUAUUUUAUUGCAUGUACGCAGGCUUCAGCAAUCAGAAGAACAAUGAUAAUCUUCGUCCACUUCACUUUGCUCUUUUUUUGGGUCUCACAAGAUCUCGUGAGCUGUGUUCAUUUGACAGUACCGAUGGAUUUCUUGACGGUAGCAUUAGGUGAUUCUCUAACAUUAAACUGCACGUACAAUGACUCCAGUGGAUUUGUUCGUGGCUGUUGGAGCAAAGGAUCAGACAACUCUCGUUGCCUCGGGACAAAAAGCAACUUGAACACGACGUCCCUUCAUCUAACAAAUGUGUCUGCUGAUGAUCUUAAGAACUACACUUGCUACACAUAUGCUGCAGAUAAACCUCAACUUCCACGAACAACAGAGCUCAUCGUUUUAUUGCAACCUCAAGCUCAAAGUUCCCCCAAAUGGCUAGAUGUGCCAAAGAGUGGAACAAAGAAUGCAGUGAUUCCUGCUAAGCCAAACGACACAACUGAAGGAGAAUUUACAGGUAUUAAGGUUUUAGCGACAGUUACCGUUGCUGUGGCUACGUUGCUUACGGCAUUAGCCGUUUACCUGUGGCUGAGCCAGAAAAGACAGAACCGGAACGAUAAAGGGGAGCCUGUUGUGUCAAGAUCAGGGUCGCCACUACUUCUUCAUGCUGCCCCCAAACCAGUAAAGGGGUCACUGUCAAUACAAAGUGAAAGAGUGAGGAUUCAUGCACCAGAUAACGAGAGUGACACUGAGGUUCCAUAUGCUGACAUCAUGAUCACCGUCCGAGGUGUCAGUACACCCGAGCUCACUCAGGUCGGCUACCUGGCUGCUGGAGAUCAAAAACUGUGGGGAGAUGAAUCAAGGUCUCACCUGCAGGCCUCUCGUUCAGCUGACCGACUGCAUGUCCCACAGCCAAGAGAAGUCAGCCGCAAGAUGAGCACCAACUCUGAAUAUGCAGUCAUCACAUAUGCAUGACCGAGCUCCCUGCUGCAGGAGCAGAAGAUGAAGGAGAAAAAACAUCAACCUUUUUUUUUUAUUAAUCCAUUUUUUAUUCCUUCUUUUUAAGCAAUGUAUUAUUACAAGUGUUUAACUCUUAGAUGUUUUGUAUGUGUUCUAUGGACCUGCAAUUAUAUCCAAUAAAGCAAUUCUUUCUUGAGCCUCA